UAGAAGACACACACCAGGUCACCAUUACAAAAACACCCACUCUCUCUCAUCCACUCAUGGCUCCACAUCUCCUCCUUGUCCUGCACAUCCUUUUCUUCCUCACUGGACUUUCAGAUACACAGAGUGUGUCCACAGUGAGUCAUGUGUCUGUAAAGCAAGGAGGCUCCAUCACCAUCCCAUGUCUCUAUACUCAGAGAUAUAGAAACAAUGUGAAAUACUGGUGUAAGGGAUAUUAUUGGUUAGGUGGCUCUACUGUUGUACGCACUGACCAUCCUAAGACCAGUGGUAAGACCCCAAUCUCUGAUGACAUCAACCAGCACAUCUUCACUGUGACCAUGACAAGUCUUAGUCCUAGUGAUUCUGAUUAUUACUGGUGUAUUGUGGUGAGGAAGAACAAGGCAGAUGAUGGGGUUAGACUGCAGCUAUCUGUUACUCCAGAUACUCCAGGACUCUAUGUGGAUUCACAAGAAGUGACUGGAGUUGUAGGACAGAAUGUCACUGUGCGUUGUUACUAUAGUGAAGCUGGAGCCAGAGGCAGGUGGUGCAGGAUGGGUAGGGGUGGGAAAUGUCUGGUGAAUUCUGGAUUUCUAGAUAGAACAUCAGUGACAUUACACCAGCAGACCAAUAUUGUCACCAAUGGCAAUGUUUUAACGGUGACUAUGAGUGCACUGAGGAUGGUGGACACUGGCUGGUACAGGUGUGAAAAUGGAGACUAUCAGAUGCCUGUUCAUAUCACUGUCAAUCAGCAAACCACAAAGCAAAAUACCACCACCUUCACCCAAGACAUCUCUGCUGGUAAAUCCGGAGAAUCUGCAGUCUCUUCUCAGCCGUCAGUCAACAACAUCCAGACAUUGGAACGUACAUUCUUCUACCUGCUGAAAGUUGGUAAUGCACUGCUCUUCCUCCUGUGCAACAUCAUUGGAGUGGUGAAGUUUAGGAAAAACCGGCAUCAAGAUGAUACCAAGGAUGUAUAGAAACCAAAGAGGUUUGUCUGGAGUGAUCAAGGGUCAAAUUUACCAACGGUUUGCACCAAAUGCAAAGCUUGCACCUUUGUUUCCAAGUACAGGGAGGAAAAAUAUAAAAUAUGCCGCUGUCAUUAGGCUUACCCUUAAUGUAUUUUUCUUUAUCACAACCUUCAUUUGACAUAUUUGUAUAACUUGUAAUGCUUAAUUCCCUUAGAAUAUGACCAAGGUAUUAGAUUAUAUUCAAACAACACAUUCUAUUUUCUAUAUCCAGCUUUAUCUGUAUGAUUCAUUUUAUUCUAAUGAUUCUAUUAUUAUGUACAUGUGUUGUGGAAUUAAAGUAUUGUCCAAUGUGUCUCUAACCCUUUUCCUGAUGGUUAUUUCUCAUGGUUUAAUGUAACAAAUCACAGCCUGGUUGAACUGUUCCGUUAAUAGUUCCUCUAGCUUUAUAAAUAAAAAUAUCCAUGCUAAUAAACUACAUUGUUGAUAAACAUUGUUAAUAAAGAAA